AGCUGGAAGAAAAUAAUAACAUACACUGUAGUAACAUUGUCAGUGAGUGACUCACAGCAGCAGCAGCAGCGGGGGGAGGGAGCUGUUAGUGGACGGAAAGGCUGUGGUUCAGGGUAGAAGACAAGCUGCUCCGUUAGGUUACAAGACAUUUACACAUUUCCCCCCCAAACACAUUUAUGGAGGCUGUGUUGAACUGCAACCCAGAGGACUUGGAGGAUUACUACGGGUUAUUAGGCUGCGAUGAAUUGUCGUCGACUGAACAGAUUCUCACUGAAUACAAGAUCCGAGCCCUGACUUGUCACCCAGACAAACACCUUGAUGACCCAAGAGCAGUACGAGAUUUCCAAAAACUACAAGAAGCCAAAGAGGUUUUAUGCAAUGAAACCAAAAGGAAAAACUAUGACCUGUGGAGAAGGAGUGGAGUUACUAUUUCAUUCCAUGACUGGCAAGCCUUGAGUGACUCUGUAAAAACUUCAAUGCAUUGGGCUGUGAGAAACAAGAAGGAACCAAUGCUACAGGCCUCAAAAGCAGAAAACCCAGUCUCUACUCAAGCAGAGGAUGUUCACUGUGAGCAGGAGGGAGCAGGGGUCCAUCCGUAUGGUGCCAUGCCAUCUCCAAGUGAUUACUGCCAUCGGCGUUUUCGUUGGACAGCUGACUCUCCAUCUAUUCUACUGCAGAAGUUCAGAAAUUAUGAAAUCUAAAUACAUCACCUGUUAAGUUUUGUUUAAAUGUUUGUGUUUUGUGCAUUCUUGUGGUCACUCGGGACCUUGUCAACUGUGAUGUUAACAUCAGUGUCAGUGUCGACACGUGAUAUAUUGAAUCUCAAAAAACACAAGAUAGUUGCAUGUUAUGAAUUAAAUUGACAAACACACAAUGGAGAUGAUUAUGCCUGAUGCUGAAAGAAAUGUGUAUCUUUGUGUUGCAGUCAAGUUGAUGUUGGGAACAUAAAACUGAAACAUGUAAUCUACAUUUUUUCCUUGUGUGUAUUACUGUGUGUUUUCAACCGUAAUGGAGGCUAUGAAAUCAUAAUUUCAGUUUGUAAUUGAACAUCCAGUGCAUCUGCAUGGCAUCAUUACACCUACAGAGAUGUUUAGUUGAAAAAUAAUACCUGAGAUUUCCUUGCUUUGGUGGGAUGAGUAAGACGUAAUUCAAAUCAUCAAGCCAGAUGAGAAAUUAUCCCCCCUAGUGGCAGAUCCUUUAAUCAUCUGAAACCUGUUCUGUAACUGUAAAAUGUAUUUUGUUUAUAAAUCAAAUGAAAUAAAGACUGGAUUCCGAA